UGCUGUGUGGAAAUUGUAUCUCUUUAUUUUCCUAGUGCAAAUGUUCUGGUUUAUUAAUAUAUUGUUCUUAGUUUUCGAAUGAAAUACUGCUAUUUUAAUUGUGUUUUCUUUUCGAAUAAGUCACACAAAUGGUCAGAUCCUCUCGAAUCGGUUCAACCGAAUCAAUACAAAGAGCCGUUUCGAAACAACGAUUAAUUUGCGAAUCGGACCUCACUGGGAAGGGAUGAGGGAGGGGUGGAGCGGCCGAGGAGAGGCUGUCUGCGUUCAGAUGGAGGAUUAAACUGGUCCCUAUUCUGCCAGCAUCCUGCACCGACACGCAUCCCAAACAUCAUCCCACACCUGUCCGUCCCGUCUGAAUCAGCCGGAUCCACCUGCUCCCUUCGUCCCGUGCUGGCUCUCCAUCACCGGACCGCACCGGCGUCCUUUCAAACCACGAGCAGAUCAGUCCUCAUUGGUCCUGAUGGUUGUGAGGGCCCGUCUCCGCCACCUCUCAACCAGUCCACACAAGAGAGAUGUGACAGCCAAUCACAUGCUGAGAUUUCUGCAUUCUGGAGCUGUUAGGACACAAGCUAAACCCAGUUAGAUGGAGGAGCGAGAAAGAAGCAGAAGUCGAUCUCCAGGCAGGGUCGGCCGGGUGGAGCAGGUGGUGGGGAAAUGGCUGCGCCGCUCUCGAGACUCUCUCAGCAGGGAGCGUAUUCUAGGAGGCAGGAGGUCACGCUCUGGGGAUUCGGGCCAGCAGAACUUCCCUGUGAAGGUAACUGUGGAGGUGAUCAGAGACGCUGUCCUGGACUCCCAUGGAUUCAGUCUCUCAUCACAGCACCCCCUGCUGGUCAGGGACGUCACUCCAGGAGGCCCAGCAGACGGUCAGCUUUUUCCUGGAGAUCAAAUCCUAAAAGUGAACCAUAAAGCCAUAGAAGAUCUUUCGCCUGAAAAGGCGGAGCAGAUGAUUAGGGAUUGCCAGGACCCUGUAACCAUGACCAUCCUCAGAAAUAUGGCGAAUCCUAAGUCUUCAUUCAUAACAGCUGAGAAGAGAGCCCGUCUGAGAAGAAACCCCAUUAAAGUGCGCUUUGCAGAGGAGGUGGUGGUCAACGGACACACUCAGGGAAACUCUCUUCUCUUCCUGCCCAACGUUUUGAAGGUGUACCUGGAGAACGGCCAGACCAAAGCCUUCAAAUUUCACAAGACCACCACUGUCAAGGAUAUCGUGUUGACUCUGAAAGAGAAGCUUUCCAUUCGAUGUAUUGAGCAUUUUGCACUGGUGCUAGAACAGCAAUAUAACAUCACCAAGCUUCUGCUGCUGCACGAGGAGGAGCUCAUACAAAAGGUGGUACAGAAGAAGGAUUCCCAUGACUACAGGUGUCUGUUCAGAGUCUGUUUCAUUCCCAGAGACCCAGUGGACCUCCUGCAGGAUGAUCCUGUAGCCUUUGAGUACCUCUUUCAGCAGAGUGUGGGAGAUGUGUUACAGGAACGCUACGCUGUAGAGAUGAAAUGUAAUACAGCGCUGAGACUAGCUGUUUUGCACAUGCACGAGAAACUGGCAAGCUGUGGACAGACGACGAGAGCAUCUGUUAAGAGCAUUGUCAAGGAGUUUGGUUUGGAGAGCUUCAUCUCUCCCACUCUGCUGAGGAACAUGAGAGACAAACACCUGCGGAAAGCUCUCAACCACCACAUGAAGAAGAUCCAGUCGCUGCUAGAACCACGACAGAAGGUGAUUUCUGUGUCUCAGGCCCGUUUGGCUUAUGUGACCCAGAUGGCGGAGCUGAUUUCAUACAGCGGGAGAAGCUACAACGCCACCAUGCUGUUGCAGGACAGGGAGUCGUUGGUGACUUUGCUGGUGGGAGCGAGAUAUGGGAUCAGCCAAAUCCUAAACCACCAGCUCAACAUGAUCUCCACCAUUAUAGACUUCCAUUACGUCACCCGAAUAGAGGUGCUCUCAGAGUCCGACAGAAUCAGCAUGCUCAAGAUUUACCUGCAGGACAUCCAGCCUAUAGCCUUGCUGAUGGAAUCUGUAGCAGCUAAAGAUCUGGCCUGCCUCCUGGCUGGAUACUGCAAACUGCUGGUGGACCCCAAUAUCAAUGUGUUCCGCUGGGGACCUAGACCAAAAAUGCGACGCAUUCCGGCAGAAGAAGGGUAUGUUUCUCGGUGUGGAAGCGAUUCAGAAGACAGUUCAGAGGAUGACUACGCUAUGGAGGGACUGCUGGACACUCAGCUGUCAGAGGACACUAUAUCCACUCAUACAAAUGAUGGCACGGAGGAAGGAGAGGAAGCUGAGGGGAGAAGUGAAGCAGAGGCAGAAAAGGUCCGAGUGAUUGUAACACAUCCCUUUUUAGAGGUCGAAGGAGAUGAGGCGAGCAAGAGAGAGUCUGUUGGAGAUGAGGAUUAUGCCAUGAGAAUUGAUUCCCUUUUGGAGACAGGUUGGUACUCAGACCCUCGAGUCAACAGCAGCUUCUCCAGUUUGUCUAGUAACUCGCUAAAUGCACUGGAGGAGACUAUUAAGGCAACCAUUGGUGGACUUGGUCAUAUGGAUGUGUCUCUGGAAGAGAAACCCAGUUCUAGUCUUGGCUCUGGUGCAUCGAGUCUGGAUGUCCACCACCCUUUCCUCCUGGAGGUGCCAGAGCAUUUGGAUGAGAGGGACAGUUCAAACAAACUCAGACGACAUUCAGACCUGACCUACAAUGAUUACUCAGUUUUGCGCUUCUCUGAGCUCUCACAAAUGUCUGAUAGCUUGCCAAGCCCAACUGCGGCCAGUGAUGAUGCAUUGAGUGAGGAGGAGGAUGAUGAUGAAGGAGGAGACAGUGGAAAAGACGGUCGCAUUUCCGCCAUGUCAGCGGAAUUUGAAGCCGUGUUAGCCUCUUCUACUCCUAACAGCAUAAAUGCUAAAUUAGCAGGAAUUAACUUUCAGGCACUCCUCACCAGGAUUCACAAACAUCCAGCAUGUAGACAAGAGGGAACCAGCUUCCCACAGAAAAAGACAAAUGAAGCUAAACAACAGGGACCAUCUUCAAAAUUAACAGCACAAUAUGUGCUGAUGAGAGCUGUGUGCACAAAUGUCCCUGAAAAAUCAAAGGACUCCAGAUACAGUUGUUCAGAAUCUGAGGAUGAAUUUUUUGAUGCCCAAGAUCGAUUUACCCCUCCCAUCACAGAGAAAUGCCUCACAGAGAAAAGCUCAGAUUCUGAGAACAAACAUCCUUCUUUUAGUGACCUUAAGGUUAGUGUGAACAAGACAAAAGCUUCAGAAUCCAGAGACAGCAAAGAUAAGGACAGUGUUACACCAGAGAACCUCGAAGAAAAAUCUUCUUUUGCCGAUCAUUUCACCCCUGCAAUCCCUGAGUCUAAAAAUCCUGAACUGGAGGUCCAUCAACCCUCACUGAUUGUUCUCCCUAAACCUACACCUUUAGAACCUAAAUCUUUAUCUGCUAACCACUCCACGAGGGAGAAAGCCCAGCACUGCAAUGGAGACAUACCUGGCCGAAAUCCACACUUGUCAACUCAGCUUCUAGAGAUGGAGCCAGAGACCAUGGAGUUUAAACCAGUCACAGGGCCUGGACCACCAAUGUCUUCCUCAUUAAUUACGGCUGUACGCCAAUCUGCCUUUCCUCAACAAACCUUAGACCUAGAGAAUGUUCAAAAUGGACCCAGGCUACAAAAUGGAAUAUCUGACCAGUUACCUGCCAGUCUAGAAAAAGAGUGGAAGAGUGGAUCAAAUCAUGUGGAUCUUGAAGGACUUGACAGUAAAGAUACUAAGCCAAAUCAGAAAGAGACAAUAAACGCUAAAGGAACAACUGAAUUUGAGAAAAUAACAGUAGACAGCAAGAGUCCUCUACAACAACAGUCAUCAGACUCUCUUGAAACCAGAAAAUCAGAAAAUAAAGUGCCCCAGAUGAACACAAAGCCCCCAAUACCUCCCAAGCCAUCAUUCAUUGGUUUACAGCCAUCCACAAAGGCAGUUAAUGCCCAGUCACAAAAACCUGAUGAAAAGACAAAAGUUCCUCCCAAUGGACUUUCUCUACACCCCUGGUCUCAGAGAAAUGGUUCCAGUACCUCCCCACACUCUACACUGAUCAAGGGUGUUUCUCUAAGUCAUGAGAACCUAAGAACUGAACUAAAGGCUGAAAGCUCUACAGUCAAACCAACAAGUGCUUCAACUACUCCUACCCCAUCUCCAUCUGCCUUACCUUCUCCUUCAGUUCAGUCUGUAAAUAUUGUUCCUGAAGAUCCAGCUCAAAUUGGGACUAAUUUCCCCAGCAGAACAGGCUCGUCUGGACGUCUGUCUGCCACAGCCUUACGGGGAAAAAUUCAGGAUAUGCCCUGGUACCUCACCCGUUCCCAAGAGAUCUUGGGGACAGUAGCACUCAGCAACAGUAUUUCAUCGACAGGCAAUAAAGCAACCAUUCCAACAGAUGUUAACCAUGAAUCCAAGAAGGUAUCUCCCAAGGCCACUUCAGUGCCAUCUUUGAUUGACUGGAAAGAGAAAGAUGCUGAAGUAGUCAUUGUGAAGCUCAAAGAUGGACCUGAGGAUGUGAGCCCAACUCCCGUGAAAGACACCAACAGGAAACCUCAAACAUCAUCAAGCCAUCCUGACCUGAGGCAGAAAUUGUCCACAGAAGCUACAGAGUUGCACAGGCAUUUUGGGACCUGCAGGUCCGAACAACCUCAAUCACACAAAGGUAACCCUUCAGAGAUUCGACUUGACAAUGAUUCUUCUCUAUCCUCCGGAAGUCCUUCCCAUCAUGAUGCAUGUGGCUGCCAUACUGUUUAUGCCAACUGUUUCAGCGGAGAUACAGAGGAAAACUGCAGCUUUGAUGAUAAUCUGACUGUUUAUGAGUUCUCCCGUCGAAACCAGAUCAGUAAACCACCUCAACCCACCCCUGUUACUUCCCCUGCAACCCUAUCUGGUCCCUCUCCAAAUGUUCUGUCCCUACUCAGAGAUUCCCCUCGCCCCCUAUCAUCAUCCUCAGAACUCAGCCCACUCUUGGUCCCACCCAGACCUCUGGAAUCUCUGCCUCUAGAUCGUGGACCAAUAAAUAAUCCGCUCCACUUUUUGCAAAGCCACCAUUAUGCUUCCGGUCAGAAAGGUACAGGGCUUAAAGAUGGCUAUGCCUGUUUGCAGCGAGAUAUUGAUGAACUUCUUUUGGUUUUGAAGAAAGGACCUUCUGUAGUACACCCUCCAACACACAAGGGGGAAUGCGAAAAUGGCAAUGUGAAUGUGAAUUCGCUUUCAGAGACAGAACGAUACCUGGUUCAGGCGGAGGCACGGAGAUUGGCGUCAGGAUGUCAGAGAGCCACACGGGUAGGAUGGGCACCUGACGAUGCUCUUCUAUCCCUUGGUAACAGUUUUGGAGCUCUAGUGCAACUUACCUCAACCUGCAUGCGAGUUUCCUGUUCGGACUGUGGAGGGUGUCAUGGGGAUAUUGAUGCAGAUGAGGCCUUGAGGAAGCUUGAGGAGAUUGUGGACCUGUAUAAGGAGUUUGUAGGAGCUGUAGAGACGACUAGAGAGGGCGAAGGUGUCAGGCUUUUAGCCAAGCAGUGUACGGUUCUUAUUUCAACUGUCUUCUCACUAACACAACUGUUUCGGUCACGGACACCAGACAUAGACAAUGGAAAUGUACCUCUGAACUUUUAAAUGUUACCUUCCGGCACCUUCUUAAAGGACUGUAGAGUGUGAGCAUAGACUUGUACUUAAAGUAGCGAUGCCUUUUUGGCAUCUGUUUGUGUGCUGGCACACAAGAAUAAUAGUAAGUGCCGUGAACGUACACACACAGUAAGCAAAUUAACAUGUCAGAACUGUUAUGUAUUAACCUGUUUGUCUUGGAAAGUCUCCCUAUAAAUGUAGUGAAAUUCUGCAUUCAGACAUAGCUAUUUUCUAACUGUUCUUUAAUUCCUGAUGUAUGUACAGUAUGUAGUAUGUAUUUAUUUUUUACUUACAGUAUAUGCACACCGUGGUUUCUAACCUACUAUACUAUACCUGCAUUUUGUUUAUUUGUUGUUGUUUAGUUUUUAGGGGGGUUUUUUUUGGGGGGGGAGGGUAUACGUGAAUCCCUACCUCUUGCUCUAAUAACUGAGAUAAACAGUGUUAUGAAGCUUUACUUGUUUUCAUGUUUAGUUUAGUCAUGCUGCUCUUUACAGACUGAAGGAAGAAAGUAAAUGGACACUCCACUACCCCUUACAAUAGAUGCUUGGAGAAACACUAAGAAGCCCAAAUACAUAUGCAGUAAUGUUUAACUGGACUAUACAAAGGACUUUCAUUUCAUUUUGUCUAUAAUACCUUUCUGGCUGUAGAAUGAGAGAUGAUGGCAAUAGCAGUGCAGCGGUUUGGCAUUUUUCUACCUGUAUGUUGGUGUGUCAAGUUUGGCUUUUGACAUUAGAUCAGUGUGGUCCAAAGACAUAAUAGCACAAUUUGGGCAUUUACACAACAACAGUGUCAUUAUAUUAAUGUAGCACCCUGUAAAACUAAUCCCAAUGAUAGCCAAACCACACUAUUUUUCACUCGUUUUUGACUAUGCAAGCAUCACGAUUUGUAUCCACAUUUUUCCACAUAUUAUACUCUUACAUUUUAUACAUCUUAAUACAUGCAUAAUUUUCCAUUUGUUAUGAAUCAUUAAUAUUUCACUUUAGAGGACCUCCUUGACAAACCUAGGCCUUAUAUUAUAUCUUGGAAGAUCGUUGUUAAAGCUUGUUUGAUUGCAUCAUUAUGAAAAUAUAGUGUAAACAAAAGGUUCAUUUAAAAAAGUUAUUUCUUCCACUUUUGAAAGUGGUGAACAGCACCAUAUUUAGCAUACAUUAAAUACUUUACUCAUUACCAUGCAGGUAUGUGUAUGCAAAGUCUCCUGGCAAAACCAGCUCAGUUUCGUUGCAUAACACAUAAUGCAGUACAAAUUGCAUUGCUUUCUUUGCAAUAUAGCAGUGGGUGGUGGUAAACUGCCUACUAUCGUGGAAUACUAUCAUGGCAGAGGAAAAUCUUGCCGAGCAUGUUUAAAGAUGGCUACCUGAAUAAAAACACAUCCGACAUCUGAAGACAUCAAUAGCCUCCUUGAGUGCUGAGCUUUUUAAGAACUGCACAAUUGCAAUGCAUUCUUCAAGCCUUCAGAUCUGCAUUUCGGCACUUGCAUGGAAUGUUUCUGUUGUAAGAAUUUUAGAUUUGGCUGUCAUAAUCACAAAUAAUAUGAUUGGGGAGACUAUCAAAGACCUACGCUUAGAAUUUUGAAUACUUGAGCCCUGUGCCCGGUUGCAUGAAACUCCUUAAGCUAAGAAAUCCCUUAGAUAUAAGGUUAAGGGUACCCUUAGUGAAACUUGGGUUGCAAGAAAAAACCCUAAGGGUUUCCUUAAGGAACUUAAGGAUGUUAUUAAGUUUUUCCCCUUAAUUAUCUAAGUUUUCCCUUAAGUGUUGCUACAAAGUCCUUAGUGACCAUUUCACCUUAAUAAAUUUAAGGGACCAAAACAGCUCCCUUAAGUCAACAUAAACUCAAAAUACGAUUUAGUGUUAAUUGAAGAGGAGGAAAUGCCAAGGCGUGUUUUUAAUGAUCGUAAUAAUCCCUUGGAGACGAUGAAUGGUUGAUGAAAGGCUGAAAAGUAUUAUUAUUAUAACCACUUACAAAAACAAUAAUUGCUUUUUCGUCCUCUGUCCAGUUUGGUUUACGUUUUUUUGUUUUCUGUUGUUUGUACUCUCCAUAGCAAAAAUAUAUUAAUAAAAGUGUGAUUUUAGCAAGGGUUUGGCUUUGUGGUUCGUUGUGUUCUGUUUACUGUUAGAGGUAGUAACUAUAGCAACCGCGGCGAUCUUUGCCGUAUGUUGUCAGAAACUACUGUGAAACACUUAGUAUGAACACUUAGGUAAGGGUGACAGUUAAGAGGCUUCUUGCAACGCUCUUAAUGAAAUCCCUUACCUCAGGGAUUUUUUCUCCCUCAGGGAAACCCUCACUUAAGGAGUUUCAUGCAACCGGGCACUGAUCUUUUAGCCCUAGUGAUUCAGUUGUCCUUUGUUCCUGAUCUCAGACCAGUAUUUUGUCGUAGACACUGGUUACUCACUGGCUGUGUCUAGAUCAGGUUUCAAAAGGCAAUAUGCACCUACAAUACAUAAACAAUUAACUUGCCCAGAUCACAUGACCAAACUCGAGGUCAUCCUUGUUCAGUUCAAUGACUUUAUAGAAGUGCUUCCAGAUGGGAAGAAUUUCACCCAUGCUGGACACAUCCCUCCCAAUAAACACACACACACACACACACACUGCCGGUUUGUGGUUAUCAAGUCAGAAAGCUAGUUUGCUUGAAGAGAAAUGUCAUGAAAACGGAAAGCGAUAAAUAUGUUGUUGUUAUUCUGUCUUUUCAAAGGAACCAUUUUGAUAUCGAACUAUCAGAGAGCAAACGUAUUUCUAAAUUAAAUCUUCCUGUCAUAUGAAGGUUCUAAGAACGAUGAAGACUAAAAGGAACUGCGUGUGCAUUUGUACCAAAUAUGAAGCAAAAAAACUAUGAGGGCCAUUUAUAUUGAGACGUAUGCAGACGAUUGUGUUUCAAAGUGCACAAAAUAAAAUCUUAAAUGUGGCUGUAUGUGAAUAUGAAGGCAAACAUGUGAAUGAAAUUAAAUUAAAAGGGACAAUCGAGAAUCUGGUUUGCAUUCCCUCUACUGUGUUCAUGAUAAUAAAGGUUUGAUUUUGAAUGACAAAA